UUGGCAUGAAGCCGCUACUAGCACACUGCUGAAUGAUACGCGUCAGAGGCGAUUUAAGAAGUGAAUACACGCCAUGACGAUUGAACGAUAAGUGGGUUAUACAUGUGUUCAUCCUCCACUUACACUACUGGACGAGCUGUUAGCCAAGUGUAGUCUCUCAUGCUGGAUGGACGGACCCGAUAGGUGGCAGAGGAGGAGGAGCUGCGUUGUGUGCGCUGGGCAGGUCCACCCGACAGGGCUCGGUCGGUCUGAGGAGGAGAAGGAGGCGGAUUACUGAGCAGCGGAGGGAACGCACCGACAAGUUGUUCUCUUUCGACCUUCUGUGUUUUUCUUUGUUUUUUAAAAUACUUAAUUCUAAGUAAAGAGUAGAAAACAGUCGAGGCAAAAGAUGGGGAACCGGGUCGCCCGCGAGGACUACGAGUGGGUGUACACGGACCAGCCGCACGCGGACCGGAGGAAGGAGAUCCUGGCUAAAUAUCCGGAGAUCAAGUCCUUGAUGGGCCCUGACCCAAGGCUGAAGUGGAUUGUGUGCAUGAUGGUGGUGAUUCAGUUUUUAGCUUUCUACCUGGUCAAAGACUUGGACUGGAAAUGGGUUUUGUUUUGGACCUAUGCCUUUGGCAGCUGUAUCAACCACUCAAUGACCCUUGCAAUUCACGAGAUCUCCCACAACACGGCCUUUGGAAACAACAAGGCCAUGUGGAAUCGCUACUUUGCCAUGUUCGCUAACCUGCCCAUCGGCCUGCCCUACUCUGCCUCCUUCAAACGCUAUCACCUGGACCAUCAUCGCUACCUGGGCGGAGACGGCGUGGACGUAGACAUCCCCACCGAGUUCGAGGGCUGGUUCUUCUGCACGCGCUUCCGCAAAUUCAUCUGGAUUAUCCUGCAGCCGCUGUUCUACGCCAUCCGGCCCCUCUGCAUCAACCCCAAGCCCAUCACGCAGCUGGAGCUGACCAACGUGGCCUUCCAGCUCACCUUCGACAUCCUGCUCUACUGGCUGUGGGGCGCCAAGCCCGUGGUCUACAUGCUGGCCGGCUCCAUGCUGGGGAUGGGCUUGCACCCCAUCUCUGGUCACUUCAUAGCCGAGCACUACAUGUUCCUCAAGGGCCACGAGACGUACUCCUACUAUGGCUCCCUCAACUUGCUCACCUUCAACGUGGGCUACCACAACGAGCACCACGACUUCCCCAGCAUCCCGGGACGCAGGCUGCCCAUGGUGAAGAAAAUAGCAGCAGAGUAUUAUGACGACCUGCCCCAGUACACGUCGUGGGUGAAGGUCCUGUACGACUUCAUCAUGGACGACGCCCUGAGCCCGUUCUCCCGGGUCAAGAGGAAGCUGAAGGGCGACGUCAAACAGGAGUAACUCCACCGAACGCUGCGGUGUCCUACCAGGACAGCAGCCUAUGAACUCAUCAGCUUCUGCGGAUUAAUACAUUCAACGUGUGAAAUAAUGGUGGAGAGAUUGUGUAUACAUGAGUCUUGAUUUCAGAUAUUUGUUAUCCAUGUGACAAAAACCCAAGAUAAGUUGGGUUUAGGUUAAAAAAAAAAUCUUAAGAGGAUGUGCCUGGGACUGGCUGCACAAAGACUUUGGCUUUAAUAGUUCACCUCGAUGAUGAUGUCUUAUUUGCCAAAUAUUCUGAAUAAAGUAAGACUGAUGGCUAGAGUGUUGGAACAUUCGUUGAGCUCUAAAAUUCUUAGGUUUAAAACUUACCUCAGACGUUCACUGUGUUGUGUUCAGGCCCUGUAACGCCGGAGAUGUCAGAUAUGACCGGCUGCUCUUCUAUCAAUUAUCAACACGUGAGGCCACAGUGUCCGUUACCUUGGUUUAACAACUCUAAAGAGCAUUCAGGCGUGACACGGCCUCUGAAACACUCCGUUGGACUUCUGAACCACACUGGACACUCACAGAGACUUUGCAGAACUAGAAGGUGACGCAGCCACAAACACGAGCAGUUGUAACAUAUCCAUCAGCGUCACCGUGGGCCUGGCAAGCAGGCUAACACGGUAGAUGAACAAAUAGUGACCGUUAUUGUGAACUCGUUCAAAUGCCGCUUUUAGCAUUUAUGUUAGAAUUCACUCACCUGAAAGAUGAAGCCGAUGAAUCAGUGGAUUAACUUCCUCAUUGAAAACUCCCGUUAGUGAGGAGAUUGCUAACAUUCAGAUCAUUUUUAUCUCCCAUGGUUCUCUUCCGCUCCAGCUAUGUUACAUCAUGUUCCCCAGAAAACGUUUGUCCUCUGGAAGUUACAAGGACAAUAUAGCAGAAACUUUCUGAGUGAAACAGUAGGCAAAAGGUUUUUCCCAGGACCUAUCUAAUUACUCCCUGCAGGAAAUUAGGAAACCAGUUAGCAGUCACAUCGGACCAAUAAAAGCAAAAACAUGACUGGCCCCGACUACAGAUCGGUCUGAGCAGUCUUUGUGCCCCCAGCCCCAGGAAGGAUCACAUAAACUGUUAGCAGGAGAAUUUUCGGAGGGGACGGCGCCUGGGUAGAGCGCUCGCUCGCCGUGAAUCGCCCGGAGGUUUUCCUGCUGUAUUCUCACACGGACAUUUUCUGGAAAUUUUACUAGGGGGGGGCUGGCAGGAAAAACAUCCGCAGCAAAAUUAGCAUUCUCACAUUCAACUCACAAUAAACCCUCACACGUUAUUUUACCAUUUAUUUCACAAACCACAUCCAAGGCUUAAGAGUGUGUGUGUGUUCUGCCGCAGAGAGGAAUUGUAUACAACUGAAUGACCCUGGAUGCCCUCCCUCCCAUCUUGGACCAAAGUUGAACUCCCCCCUCCCCCUCUGUCGCAAUUUGCCUUUUUUUGUUUGUUCCCACCUCGACUACUCUGCUUGUUAACCUGCGACAUUUUAACGUACCGCGACCUUACGCGACCCGGCGUCAUUCCUCCACGUGACCUGCGAGUGUAGCAGUCGGGAGGAGAGUCAGUUUGAGCUUGUGCCACGCGUGUGAUUGCCGCGUGUUACUCAUUAAGUGCCUCGGAGCAUCAUUUUUUCAAUCCUGCCUGUGUCGUCUUAAAUUUUUACGUGUGAAUGAAUUUGUUCAAGUUUGAGAGAAACUGUAUGCCAAGAAGUAUUUAAUGUGAAAAUCACCAGGCCUUAUUCAAAUUGUUUUUAUUUAACUUCCUCCAGCUUUAGUUUGUCGAGCUUCAGAGUGUCAGCUCCAACCUGAAGUCGUGUCCUCUGUGUUUCAAAUUAGGAGAGAAUCCAAAUUAUAUCUGACCUGCUGUUGAAAUGGCAGAUUUCAUCAAACUUUGACUACUUUAAAAUCAAUUAAAUGAAUGAAUAAAUAAAACAGCUCUUCCCUGA